AUGGCCAAGACUUUUUUGUUCACCAGUGAAUCCGUCGGUGAAGGUCACCCAGACAAGAUCUGCGAUCAAGUUUCCGACGCUAUCUUGGACGAAUGUUUACGCCAAGAUCCUCUAUCCAAGGUUGCAUGUGAAACUGCUGCCAAGACCGGUAUGAUCAUGGUUUUCGGUGAGAUCACCACCAAGGCACAACUGGACUACCAAAAGAUCGUCAGAGACACCAUCAAACAGAUCGGUUACGACUCGUCCGAAAAGGGCUUCGACUACAAGACCUGUAAUGUGUUGGUUGCGAUCGAGCAGCAGUCUCCAGACAUCGCACAGGGUCUGCACUACGAGCAGGCUAUCGAAGAACUCGGUGCCGGUGACCAAGGUAUCAUGUUCGGCUACGCCACGGACGAGACCCCAGAGUUGUUGCCAUUGACCAUCCUAUUGGCCCACAAGCUUAACAUGGCCAUGGCCGACGCCCGCAGAGACGGCUCUUUGCCUUGGGUCAGACCUGACACCAAGACUCAGGUCACUGUCGAAUACAAGCAAGAAGAGGGUCGCUGGAUUCCUUUGAGAAUCGACACCGUUGUCGUUUCCUUGCAACACGCUGACGAAAUCUCUACCGAAGACCUCAGAUCCGAGAUUCAAAAGAAGAUUGUUGAAAAAGUGUGUCCCGCCAACAUGUUGGACGCCAACACCAAAUACUACAUCCAACCUUCCGGUAGAUUCGUCAUCGGUGGCCCUCAAGGUGACGCCGGUUUGACCGGUAGAAAGAUCAUCGUCGACGCUUACGGUGGUGCUUCCGCUGUCGGUGGUGGUGCUUUCUCCGGUAAGGAUUACUCCAAGGUCGACCGUUCUGCCGCCUACGCUGCCAGAUGGGUUGCCAAGUCUUUGGUCAACGCCGGUGUAUGUAAGAGAGUUCAAGUUCAAUUCUCUUACGCCAUUGGUAUUGCCGAGCCUUUGUCUCUCCACGUCGACACCUACGGUACCUCCACCAAGUCAGACGAAGAAGUCAUCGAAAUCAUCAAGAACAACUUUGACUUGAGACCUGGUGUCUUAGUCAGAGAGUUGGACUUGGCCAGACCUAUCUACUUGCCAACUGCUUCUUACGGUCACUUCACCAACCAGCAGUACCCAUGGGAACAGGCAAAGGAAUUGAAAUUGUAA